AUGGAUAUGGAGUUUUCGAAAAACCUUAGCAACAAGGCAGAUCCAACGACGGCCGGCCAAAAGUGGGCGGAGAGAUGGUUGCGUAAGGCCAGCGCGAUCGGAAAGGCGGUGAAGGACGAAGCGAUGAAGGCGGGGAAAGAAGAUCCAAGAAAGGUGGUACAUUCGCUCAAAGUCGGUGUGGCAAUGACUGUGGCGUCAUUGGUGUACCUGUUGGAGCCAUUGUAUGAGGGUAUUCGUCAGAACUCCAUUUGGGCAGUCCUCACUGUCGUACUUGUCGUCGAAUUCAGAGCAGGAGCCACAUUGUAUAAAGGAUUCAACAGGCUACUAGGGACAGUGCUGGCCUUAAGUUUCGCAUUUCUGUUUGAUAUUGUUGCUCACCAUUUAGGCCACAUUGAAUGUGCCAUUAGUAGCGGCUUUGCAGUUUUCCUUAUUGCAGUUGUUCAUGUAGCUUCUACUUUCAUGUCUGAGUCAGUUGACCAAAAGCAGUUUCCACAUAUAUAUAAUGUCUUUGUAUUUGUGGUUUCAUUGUUGGGGUCCGAUGUUUUUAUCUACUCAUUUCCCCUUAGUAUGGUUAGGCCAUUUGCACAUUACAGUCAUUGCUCCAGGUUUGCAGGGUCAUUUACAACAUAUGCGAGGUUCAUUCCUUCAAUCAACAAGCAUUAUGACCAUGGAAUAAUUGUGUUUCUUGUGACAUUUAAUUUGGUAAUGGUGGGAUCUUAUCAUGAUCACAAUCAAUUCCACAUCGUAACCGAGCGAAUCUACGCAAUUGCCAUAGGGUUUGGCAUAGGUCUCAUCAUAACUCUCUUUAUUCUUCCCAAUUGGUCGGGUGAAGACCUCCAGAAUACUAUCAUUUCAAAAUUUGAAGAGUUGGCAAAUUGGUACAAGGCAACUAUAGAACCUAGCUAUGUCAUAGCCAGAUCGAAUGGAUUCCGACAGACCCCUUAUGAUGUCACCUACAUUUGGCCUGGCAUGACAUAUGGUGCUAGUUUGGGUGGGGGGGAGUUGGUGUGGGCAGUUGGGGUAAUUUGGUUGGGUUAUGGUUUGAGAAUAAAGGGCUCAUUCCCUAAAAAUUGGAACUCUGUAAACCUUGCAGCAUGUGUAGAUGAGUAUUUUCAAGAACUAGAUGCAAAAGGUACAUGCAAAUUUUCCAACGGCUCAUCCUUGGACAAUAGCUAUGAGGAAGCUGUGCAAAGCAAUUCUACUGAGGAAGCCUUGGCUACAUUUGCAAGCUGGGAGCCUCGACAUUCAAGAUAUUGCUAUCCGUGGAAACAGUAUGAGCAUCUCGGAGUUGGUCUUCGACAUCUAGGAUUCACUGCUGUUGCUCUCCAUGGUUGUCUGGAAUCUCACAUUCAGGUAUAUGCUGAUAUGUUGUACAGAAUUUUUCAGAUAGUUUAG